AAGUUUUUAGUGAAAUUAGGUCCUCUACACUAGAGGAGGGGCUCCUGAAGCACUGUUCAGAAAGAUUAUAAAUGCAGAAUGACGACUCAGUGGGAAAGGGUGUCGCAAGUGACGACCAUCGUAUUUGUGGCGAUCCGUUGGAUCUUGAGAUGCAGAUUGUAGAGGACAAAGAACAGAGCUCAUUGGGAGUUUCGCCCAUCCAAAACAGUGAUCAAACGUUGCUCACCAUUGUGGUUUCUGAUGGGGAGUCAUUCAAUCAAGUUGGUGCGAUUGUUGAACGAGUUGACAAGUUUUCCGAGGCCACCGAUGGAGAAGUGGCCGCUGUGGAGUCUCCUAAGAAAGCUCACUUAUCAAGGAAUACAAGUUCCCGUGAACAAUGCAGAGUUUGUCAACAGGAAAAGGAUGAAGAUUUAAUAGAUCUUGGCUGCAAGUGUCGAGGUGGGCUUUCGAAGGCCCACCGGUCAUGCAUAGAAACAUGGUUUCGAAUGAGAAGUUCAAAUAAAUGUGAGAUAUGCCAACAAGUAGCUGCACAUGUGCCACUUCCAGUCUCUCAGCCAAGUCAGACAAGUUACUGGGUUUGGAGGGUUGACCCUGCCUUUGGAGGGUCGAGCAUAGCACAAGAACGAGGGAGGGGUUGUUUUAGUCCGCUUUGGGUGGCAUUCUCAAUCCUCAUUGGUGGUCUCCUGCUGGAUGUGUUGAUAUCUAUUACGCUCGGUGUCUCUGCACUUCCUGUCAACAUUAUAAUUGGCGUUAUUGUUGUGCUUGGACUUGGAACUGCUCUUCGGCUUGCCUUGGAGUUCUGUCAGGACUGGAGUGUAAGGAGAGUAGUGCAUAGGGUGGAAGCAAAUGUUCAUCUCGGGUAUCAUCCUGCUUUGUAGCCAUCUAUACGCCGGCAAGCACUCAAACAGAAACUCCCCAACAUUGUGUACCAUUUAAUUGUCUUUUGAAAUGUUAUGAAUGGGCCGUUACUUAUUUUUCAUUGUAUUGCAAUUCGAAGUCAAUUUUGUAGUUGAAAUGGACCCCCCCC